AAUCUUCAAAUCUUGUUGUUCUCGCUUGCUAGUAGUUAGACCUUCAACAUUGCUUCCUGAAAUUGGCAUGGCGGAGCCUCGAAAGAGGUAAGAGAAAACUCGUGGAAACGACCCGGUGCCGAGAUUGCCGAAAAGGAAACGACAUAGAUCCGGUGAGGUCUGCCAAGAGCCGCCCAAACGGAUAAAAGCCAGCCAUAGUUGAUGAGGAAGCCAACCAACCGGUGUUGAGGAAACCACCGAUGUCGGAUAGAAAGCCGGCCAAGGUUCAUCAUGGGGACAUAACGGUGCCAGACGUAAGCGGGACAUCGUGGCUGAGAAAGCCAAACGAUUCCUUACAUAUAGCUUACCAAUUCGACGGUAGAGAUCCGCCAUGGCUGGAAAAUUUCAUUGUCGUUAGAGUGGGCGAUUGUGUCCAUUGGAUGCUGGUAAGCGGUAAGCCUCCAUCUGUGGCGCGUGUUGAGAAGAUUGAAGCAGAUGCUAGGAACAAUGUGAAGGUGCAUUGUCGUUGGUAUUACCUUCCUCCAAGGAAAAUGUACUGCAAAUGUGAAAUGCCGUAUAACCCAAAUGAUCUGAUUGUGCACUGUGAAGGGUGCGGUUUUUGAGUUUAUGGGAUUUACUUGGCUCUACAGACAACUGUGGAGUCAAGUCAACAUGAUGGAAAUUUCAACAACAUGAGGUGGAAGACCCGAAAAGUCAUAUUUGUUCGGAU